UUCUAAAAUAAAUACAUACUAGUAUAAAUAUAAGUGUUAAUUCGUGUGUCUAAAACAUAUAAAGUCUCACGCAAAUACAUCUAGCUAGUUUAUGAGAGCUAUAUUAAGAUCUAUUUUUUCCAUGUCAUCCUCUGCUUUUAACACCCCCAGGUUGGUUUUCAAGAAGGUUUUGGCCAAAUCUCAACGUGAAGGAGAUGGAGCUGUUGUUAGAAGAGGCAUUGGAAGAAGCGAGCUCAAGAACUUGGAUCCUUUUCUAAUUUUGGAUCACUUCUCAGUGUCUCCUCCUGGAGGAUUUCCUGAUCAUCCCCACAGAGGUUUUGAGACCGUUACCUACAUGCUAGAGGGUAGUAUAACUCACCAAGAUUUUGCUGGCCACAAGGGUACAAUAAGAACUGGUGAUGUUCAGUGGAUGACUGCAGGCAGGGGAAUUAUCCACUCUGAAAUGCCUGCAGAAGCAAACAACAAUGGAUUGCAACUCUGGAUCAAUUUAUCAGCCAAUAACAAAAUGAUUGAGCCAAACUAUCAAGAACUUCCAAGUGAGGAAAUAGCAUCAGCAGAAAAGGAGGGUGUUGAAGUGAGAGUGAUAGCAGGAGGAGCAAUGGGAGUGAAUUCUCCAGUCUACACAAGAACUCCAACAAUGUUCCUAGAUUUCUCCAUGAUGCCAGGAACUCAACUGGAUCAAAGUAUUCCUGAGUCAUGGAAUUCAUUUGCAUAUAUAAUUGAAGGGGAAGGUGUUUUUGGUUCACCAAAUUCAUCACCAAUUGUGGCUCAUCAUGUUAUUGUUUUCACUCAAGGUGGUGAUGGACUUAGUGUUUGGAAUAAAUCUUCAAAGCCUUUGAGGUUUGUGUUGAUUGGAGGACAACCAUUGAAUGAGCCAAUUGCUCAAUAUGGACCUUUUGUCAUGAAUACACAAUCUGAGAUUGAGAAAACUAUUCAAGACUAUCACAAUUGCAGCAAUGGAUUUGAGAUGAGGCUAAAUUGGAGAUCUCAAUAGUUUGUUAAUAAUAAUUAACACUAUCAUUUAGCUAUGCGAAGAUUCAGUAGCUACCUGUAGGCUGUAACUGAUAGUGAAAUAAAAUAUAGUUAUAUUAUAUAGUAUCUUAUUAAAAAUAAUAUGAAGCUUGCUUUUCCCUAUCCUUUUAAUGUCAUAAGCACUAAGCAUAGUUUAUAUUUUUACAAGAGA